ACUGAGUUUCCAUUUUUUGCAAAUUCACGAAGAUCUCAGUCUGCCUUCUCUGUUACUACGACCUAUAACUUCCUUUUCUCAUAUACAAAGAACCAUCAAUACACUUUCAUUCUCAGCUCCAUUUUCGUGUAGCACCAAAUUAAUUUCUUGAAGAAGAUACAUUUAGAUACAUAUAUCUCUUAUAUAAAACACCUGUUAGAACAGAAAUCAAAAUUGCGAAAAAUGGGUAGAGGAAGAGUGGAGCUUAAGAGAAUUGAGAACAAGAUUAACAGGCAGGUGACCUUCUCUAAGAGAAGAAAUGGGUUGUUGAAGAAAGCUUAUGAGCUUUCUGUACUAUGUGAUGCUGAGGUUGCUCUUAUCAUCUUUUCUAGCCGUGGCAAACUCUACGAGUUUGGUAGUGCUGGGAUAAGUAAAACCAUUGAACGAUACCAACGUUGCUGCUUCAACCCUCAGGACAACAGCAUCGAACGUGAAACGCAGAGCUGGUACCAGGAGGUGACAAAGUUGAAAUCAAAAUAUGAAUCUCUUCAACGCACACAAAGGAAUUUGCUUGGAGAGGAUCUCGGACCACUGAGUGUGAAAGAGCUACAAAAUCUUGAGAAACAGCUUGAAGGAGCUCUUGCGAUGGCUAGGCAGAGGAAGACUCAGAUUAUGGUGGAACAAAUGGAAGAGCUUCGCAAAAGGGAGCGUGAGCUUGGAGACAUAAACAAGCAACUCAAGAUGAAGCUGGAGACAGAACGACUAAAUCUGAAAGCCAUUCAAGAUUUAUGGGGUUCCAGUGCAGCAGCUGCUGGAACUACAAACUUCCCUCUUCAUCCUUCUCAUGAAAGCACCAUCAACUGUGAACCCGAACCUACUUUACAGAUUGGGUACCAGCACUAUGUUCCUGCUGAAGGGUCUUCGGGGCCUAAGACUAUGGUUGGUGAGACCAACUUCAUCCAAGGAUGGGUCCUUUGAACACUCAGAAACGAAAUCAUAAUCAUGCCUUAUAUAGAUCUGUAGGUAUUUAUGAAGUUUUCUUUCUACUAAAUAAUGUAGGAUUAGUACUAAUCUGGCGAGAUAUUUGGCACAUACUUAUACAGCAUUUAAUGUGCUUAAAAUGCUUCUAAGACAUAUCUUAUGCAAUAUAAUCGUUUGACUACU